AUGUCCUGUCAUCCUAUUUCCGCCAAGUCCCUUUUGUGUUCCAAUCUUGAGACAUUUGCAAGUGUUUUGGCAGCUUUUCAACCACUCAACAAUUCCCACUCGCCAAUCACCAUCUCCGCAACCGCCAUGGCGACUGGGCAGCUAAUGGACAUAGAUGCCGUAUUACAUCAUCGUGGUUUAGGUACGAUGAGUGAUGAUAAUGUUGAUCGGGGAACGAUUCCAUUCCGAGUCCGGGAUUCGGUGAAAGAUCCUGUACCCGGUUCUCCGCCCAGGCGUUCUUCAAGAGCCCAUGAUAUAGACGUCGCCAAGUGA